AUGGAAUGGCAAAGUCCAACGCCCUUACCAACUGUUUCUUCCCAAAACAUCCCUCCAUCUUCUCAGGAUUCAAGUACGAAUAGUCCUGUUGGCAGCAAUCUACGCAUAUCGGCGAGGGGUCUGAGGCCUAGUGACGAGGAGAAGCUUUGGCUUGAAGGCAGCAAUAAAGAAAAAUUCUGGCAAAGCGUUGCUCAAAGAUUUGAGGCUUCAACUGGGCGUCAAUAUAGAUGGGAAUCAUGCCGUCGAACUGUCAACAACGAGGUCAAGCGACGCCGUGAAUAUUUGAAGUCGUAUGAGACUGGCAAAGCCAGUGAACCAAAGUCGGAUCUACAUGAGGCUAUUGACAUGUGGACUGAGAUACUUGAUCAACAGGAUAUGAUAGUUUUAGCUUCACAAGCUAGUGCUGAACAGCGUCGACUUGAUGCUGCUGUCGAUGAUGAUUUCCGGCGCCAGUUUACAGAGAGAUUGGGCCAAUCACGCGUGAGAAACGAGUCAACUAUAAGCUCAACUACAAGCGCUACCGAGGAUACAGAGGAUUCAGAACAUCCAAAACGGCGGCGACGUACAAGAUUAAACGACGAGGAAGAUGCUAUGACAACUGCUCUAGUAGAUUUAACUAAAGUGAUGUCUGAGAGUCUUCUAACUACUUCACAAGAAAGCAAGGACAUGUCGACUGUGGUUGAAAAUAUUGAACGCCGUUUAGAACACUUAGAAGCAAAUUAUAUACGUACAAAUGAGCUUCUUGAGCGCUUGAUCUCCAAGCUAAACUAG